CCCCCAUCUGCCAUGAUCAUAGAAAGAAAAUAUGAAGGGGAUCCUCUGCACAGUUGAGCCGAUUCUUGCGUAUCCAGCGACAGUGGAAUUUGCAUGGAUGGAUGUCAGUUACACCUUUAUGAAUGUCGUGCUUCGCUUUUGCGAGCUUCAAACUUCGUACAGAUCCAAGUCCAAUCAGGUGUGUUGUAAUUGCAACUCAAUAUUGGUCUUCCUUCUACCUAUAGGAGACUUACAACUCACAAAACAAAGUUCGCCCAGCGGAUCGGCACUCCGACCUCUAUCUUGAGCGUCUCCUACUUAAAAUUAGCAGGGAGCAAUCUGAUUAUCGUCCAGCCAUUUCUCACUGAAUCUCACAUGUGACUUCCAACCUUACUGCGCUCAACUCUCACCCUGAGUCAUUCUUCGACAUUGUUUAACUGUCGUCGGUCAUUAGUCGAUUCUUUGACACUUUAUUUAUCGGCGCGGGCCAUGUCUUCAUCACUACCAGUGCCACCCCCAUCAGUUAUGGGAGCUUCUCAAGCUGAACAUAAUUCACCAAAGCCUCCAGCUCCGGUCCUGAAUUUCCCCAAUUCCCCAAUUCCGAAGAAUCCACUUGGAGAGGGACGGUACAUCAAGACUGCUGCUGCUCUCAUCAUUGGAGAUGAAAUAUUGAAUGGAAACACGUUGGACCGUAACUCGAACUACUUUGCGCGCUUCUGUUUUGAGAAUGGUAUUGAGCUCCAGAGAAUCGAGGUAAUUGCAGACGACGAGCUCGAGAUUCUUGAGGCUAGCCGAAGGAUGGUUCAGAAAUAUGAUUUCGUCAUCACCUCUGGUGGUAUAGGGCCCACUCACGAUGAUAUCACAUACGCCUCGCUCGCAAAGUCUUUCGGACAAGAGCUCAAAUACCAUGAUGAAACCAUCGCGCGUAUGGAAGAAGCCAGCCGACACCGCACAUGGUUCACGCAGCAGAGCGAGGAGCAACGCACCGCUCGUAAACGUAUGGCAUUGUUUCCGGAAGCUGGCGAGGUUCUUUUUGUCGCUAGCGACAUCUGGGUUCCUGUUGUUCGACUGGAAGGCAAGCUAUGCAUAUUUCCAGGAAUCCCAUCACUUUUCCAGAAGCUGCUAGACAACUUGAAGCCUUUCUUGCCUCUACCCACGGAAGAUGCACGUCCCUUCCGGCUUCAAGUCUUUACUCCACUUCCGGAAUCGUCCAUUGCGCCAUUCCUUACAGCUCUACAGAAGCGCGUUAAGCCUGAGAAUAUCCGGAUAGGCUCUUACCCGCUCCUUCAGCCAGGGGCACACGUUGCACUAAUUGGAUUAGACCGUGAACGUGUGAAAGAACUCGGGUUGGAGGUGGAGAAAGAGUUGCAAGGACGUAUACUGAGUGCAGAGGAGACUGAGGCAAUGAUCAAGAUAAAGAGGCAGUGAUGUAAGCACUAUUGUAUGACAUUGUGUGCUCAGGGGAUAUACGAUCACCUUAGUGAUAUGAAAGGCUCAAGUUUGGCAGGUUCCGAACCCUUUGGCCGAGGCCGCUGCUCCAGUUUAACGUCACCCGCAAGAACGUCCCUGAACAGCACCAAGGUUGCCUUCGUAAAAGCCAUCAUGUUCUUCUCUCUAUCUGCGACACCUGUGCUUACCACAUGAGUCACAAAACCUUCACGAG